AUGAGGUUAUUGCUGAAGGUGUUCAAUGAUAAUGCUCAUUUGUGGAGGCCAACUACUGAUAGUAGUUUAAUUGGUGAUGCAAUUAACGAGAAAAUCGCAUGGCCAGUCCUAAAGAUUGACGUCACGGCUGCAACCACUACAGAUGCAACACUACCUAAAGCCCAGAGUCCAUGCAGCAAUAGUUCCACCAAAAGUCCAAAGCAGAAGUGUUUUCUUUUAGAUUGCAGCAACUCUGGCCGUAAGGUAGCUGAAGGAAGAGUAGUUUCAACAGAUCCGAACGACUUGUGCCAUCAUGUACCUCUAGGUCCAAAUGCAAGCAAGGUCUGGGUUGAAGUGGCUAAGAUUGGUAAUGCAAAGGUUUGGAGGCCAAAUUCAGAGAUUGAAUAA